AGAGCGAGAGAGAGAGAGAGAGAGAGAGAGAGCAGAAACACCUUUAUGUGCGUCGUCGUUUGUGAAAGUAGUUCCGGGCACUUAACCCAAACGGGGGAGAGUCCCGGAUGUUGGCUCGGCCGCCGAGAGAAAGGCGAACGAGAGAAGGCGGAGAGAAGCUGAGGAGGGACGCCACGGCACCGCGGGCACAACACCGGCGAAGCUACGACUACACAGGCUCCUUGCACUGGACGAUAACGUCAAGCGCACGGGACACUCCUGGGGAUCCCCCCGCUAGCCGAAGAAGAGGAGGUGGAAGGAAGGGGAGGGGGCAGUUACUCUGAAACUACCGUCAGGAUUACAGAGAGAGCCACCGUCACAGCAGCUUUCACCCAGAAGUUGACCUACAGAAGCCGAUAUGCUGAUGUCUUGAGCUGAGGGAGGCUUCAUCUUCAACCUGUCCGUCAUCUCCAUUUGUUAUUCCACUCCUGGUCUGCACUCCAUCAGCCACCAAGCGCCAACAAGAAACCACCCCCAAUUUCACCUCCACCUUUUCCCCACCCCCCUCCUGCCCAGCCUGCCGUCACCAUGACGUCGGAGCUGGAGAGCAGCCUGACCUCCAUGGACUGGCUUCCUCAGCUGACCAUGCAGGCAGCCAUCCGCAAGGCGGACGCCCAGAAUGCCCACGGGCCAGGCAUGGGCAAGAAGAGUACCCUGCUGGAUCCUAACACCACACUGGACCAGGAGGAGGUGCAGCAGCACAAGGACGGCAAGCCACCCUACAGCUACGCCAGCCUCAUCACGUUUGCCAUCAACAGCUCGCCAAAGAAGAAGAUGACACUGAGUGAGAUCUACCAGUGGAUCUGUGAUAACUUUCCCUACUACAGGGAGGCGGGCAGUGGCUGGAAGAACUCAAUACGGCACAAUCUGUCAUUGAACAAGUGUUUUCUCAAAGUGCCUCGCUCCAAAGAUGACCCAGGAAAGGGCUCUUACUGGGCCAUCGACACCAACCCAAAGGAGGACGCCUUGCCAACACGGCCGAAGAAGAGGCCGAGGUCUGGAGAGCGGGCUUCUACGCCAUACAGCCUGGAGUCGGAGUCUUUGGGGAUGGAGUGUAUGAUCUCUGGAAGUGCCUCUCCAACGCUGGCAAUCAACACUGUGACUAACAAGGUGGCGUUGUACAACACAGACCAGGAAGGGAGCGAUAGUCCUAGAAGCAGCCUUAACAACAGCCUGUCUGAUCAGAGUCUGGCCUCCGUCAAUCUCAACAGUGUGGGCAGCGUGCACAGCUAUACACCGGUGACCAGUCACCCAGAGCCUGUGUCCCAGUCAAUGAGCCUGCAACAGCCCCCCCAGUCCCAGUACAACAUGCCAGACAGGGAUAAGCAGCUCCUGUUCUCUGAAUUUGAAGAUCUCAGUGCCUCCUUCCGCAGCCUUUACAAGUCUGUCUUUGAGCAGUCCUUCAGCCAACAAGGUCUGAUGGGCAUACCGUCAGAUUCUUCCCAGCAGACCCACACCUCCUGCUCCUAUCAGCACUCCCCCAGUGGCACCAUUAGCACUCAGAACAGCCUGUCAAACAACCAACCCAACAAUCACCCCAACAGCCACUCCACCAACAGUGGCCAGGUGCCCCUGUCCCAUCCUGCCCAGGCCCACCCCGGCCACGGCUCGCCCCACGCACAGCACCUCUCGCAGCACGGCGGCCCCCACAACCAACACAACCAACACAGCCAACACGCCCAGCACAGCCAACACAGUCAGCACCCACAGCAUCCCCAGCACGCUGCUCAUCCCCAGCAUGCUGCGCACUCCCAGCAUGGGCAGCACCCAUCACAGCACCCGUCCCACGGCCAGCACCCACAGCAACACACGCCGCACCCCUCCCAACACACGCAGCACAGCCAGCACCCUUCUCAACACGGACAACAGCAUCAGAGCCUCUCCCACCAGCCCCAUCCUACCCAGCAACAGAUGGCCUGCAACACAGGUUUACUGUCUGACUGGUACCCAAAUCUGGAUGCACUGAAAGAAAGCUGUCGUAUUGCUAGCAGCUAUAACUGGGCUGAUGUCGACCUUUCACCUUUCCAAGGAUUAAGAGAGAGUAUGAGACAAGCAGAGUUGAACAAUUGGUCCCUGGAACCUACCCAGAUCGCCGACCUCUGCUCGUCCAUCAACCAGUUUUUUGCCCGCACCGGUGUAAUCCAGCCACAGGGGGCAGUGCAGCCUCCGGUUUGUCACGGCUCCAUGCACCCUAACAAACCCAGCCAGCACAUCAACACAGGAAAUCUCUACAUGGACUCCAGACAGAGCAUGUCCAUGAUGGGUCCUCCAGGAUAUCCCCACAUGCCCCCCAUGAACAGCACAGGACCCACAAUGACAGGACACCAUGCACAGAUGAACCAGCAGCACAUGAUACCUACCAGAAACUUCCAGAUGCAUCGCAUGCCAGCUGAUGACAUCCAGGAUGACUUUGAUUGGGACUCCAUUGUCUAGCCCUCCCAGAUCUCCUUUUGCUAAAAAAAAAGAAAAAAAAAAGGGAGCGAGGAGAGGAGGUGGAAGCCAGAGGAAGCCAGGCUGAGCUGAAAGGCCGCAGGAGGAGGAGGAGGCGGAGGAGGAGGCGGAGGAGGAGGAGGAGGAGGAAGAGGCCGCUGUGAGCGGGAUGCAGAAGAACAUUUGACAAGCUUUGGAGAAAGACAGACUUCAGAGUCCUGACAUUUUUACAAAAGCAAAGCAUAACUAGAAAAUGUUUAUUUGAAGACAAUCAUAUUUAGUCGGACAAGUUCAAGUGAUUGCUUAUGUUCUUGUCUCAAGACGAGUAGAACACAUUCACGUCUAAACCACAUGCUCCUCAGCUCCUCAGCCAGCCCUCUCCCCGUCCCUAGCCAGCAGCCUUCCAAAGUCCGAACCCCUCUCCCCCCCGACCCCCUGCUCCGUAACUGUUAUGUGAUUUGAGCGACGUGUUCAGCUUGUAAUUCUUCUCGUGUUGACAUUGGCCUCAGCUGCCUCUUGGAUGAGUUUAUCUCUCAUCUAUCUAUCAUCUAUCUCUCUAAGAAAAAAAAAUUAUUUUGUUUUUAUUUUUUGUUUUUAAGAAACACAGGCCGUCUCUGUGAGUAAUGUGAUGGUGCUCGUUGGUCACUUUUGGGAGAAAGUGGGCCCCACGUUGGCUGAACUGGUGGUAACAUUAGGUUUACAAUAAGUGAGGUUUUGAACAGGGUGUUAAAUGUUUAAACAGGCUUGAUUUGAAACGAAGAGAUCACAGAAAGUGUCAUGAUCUCUUUUCAUAGCCAACCAAUGUGAUCAGGUUCAUUGCAACAGACUAGUAAUGGGAGUGCAGCAACUUUUUUCUUUCUUUGUUCUCAGUCUCAAGCACUUCAAGAUGAGUGAAUAUGAUGUGUGAGAAAAAGGUGGAAGCAGGGAAGUUGAGACAUUUUAUGUCUUUUUAAGAUUCAUUCAACCCAAAGUAACUUGAGGUUUAGCUUCUCUAUCAGAAGCUUUUGGUAAAUUUUUCAACAAAUUCACAUUCUCAAGAUAGUUUAAAUGGUAAAGGUCAUCAGUUUUAGAUGAUCAGCCUAUUGAUCAUUAACCAAGCUGUUAUCAUUCAAAAAUUAUGAACUAGCUUGCUAGAUAUUUUUGAGAUAAUAAAGAAACUUUGAUUUUGAAAGUUUUAUUUUCAAACUGAUUUUCCUCAAUCAUGGUCAGAUUUCUUGAAACAACAAAAAAAAACUAUAGUGGAAGAUUUUAAAAAAGAAAAUAUUUUAUUAUCUAUUUAAACGUUCUAAUAUUGGUUUUCAUAUCUGCCUCAACACCCUGGUGUCGGUUGGACUCUGCUUUGCAAGCAAGUAGUUGUUUAAAAGUGCUGUUCAAGUCAGUUGCUUGGUCUUAUUAAAGGUAUACUCUACAUUCUGGGGAAAAUGGUAUUUUGCUAAGUGAGGACAUUGUAUGUUAAAUAUGGUUAGCUCAGGUUCGCUCAAAGACAGACAUAGGGGAACCUAUGUCUAAUUGUAACAAAAUCUGCCCGCUAGAAUCUCUAAAUCUCAUUAAUUAACAUAUCUUGUUUAUUUAAUAUGUAUAAUCACUAAACCUAAAACUGUUUUAUUUGCAGACAUUUCUUUUGCUGGUUGGAUUGCCUUCCUGCAGAGUUUCUCUGUUAAUUUGUGAGCUUUAGAGGUUCUAGUAGGCAACUGUUUCCCCUUGUUCUGAGUCUUUGUGCUAAGCUAACCAAACUUACCUGGCAGUAGCUUUGUAUUUACCAUAAAGAUUCUCCUCAUGUUUACUUAUUGCAAAUUAAGUGUGCAAGUAUGUUUCUUAAAAUGUUAGACUACACCUUAACUAAGAGUAAGCUAAGCUGACUGUGUGCUGGAGGUGGCCUCAUAUUUACCGUAUAAUCUACACUUCAGUUGUAUGCAAACCACAUUAAAGUGUCAUAAGUAAAACAUAAAUAGCCUGUGUGCAAUUUUGAGAGUAAUGGUUUCAAGCGUCACUGACCAGAAACAUCACCAAUAGACUAAUAAAAUCUAUUAAAAUAAAAAAACGGAAGCUUCCCAAACAUAAAUAAUACUUUGAUUAAUGAUCAAUAGGAGAUGCAUCAGAUGUUUGAAAAAGGCAACCAGCCACAAGUUUACUGUAAGUUUUUACGUCCAGAUUCAUGCCUUUUUCCGCCCUGUCGUACAUCAGUUAGUUUUCAAUGCUACAUUCAGUGUUUAUUGUCACUUCUGGCAUUUAAAUUAUGGAGAAACGAUUCUUGUUUUAACUGCCCAAUGUUUUGUUGUGAUAGUUCGAUAGCGUGCGAUUUUUGCUAUGAUACAAUCAUAACAGAAUGAGAAAUGUGACUCAUGAUACAGUACAUACAGUCUGUGUGUGUGUGCGUGCGUGUGUGUGUUUGUUUGUUUUUUGUAAUUUGGGGCUAUGAUUGAUGGCUGCAAUCUCUAUGCUAUCUAUGAGCACAAUAGCAGAUGCACACAGUGAGUGAAGAUGAGAUGUGAGACAUGCAGUUUUUCUUUUUUUUUUCUUUUUGUGGGUUUCUCAAGCACAGAACAGGGAAAUCAGCGGUUCUGGAAACCUCUAACAAGUGGCUCCUCAAUCAGACAGGUGCUGAACUUUAGAGACAUUCUGUUAAAAAAUGAAAAAAUGAAAAAGAAAAACACCGUUUGCACACCUUUAAUUGAUAGUAACAGAUUUUUAGGAUGCAAAGCACCUCCUGGAUCUCACUCACUGAAUCAUUCUGUCAUUUAUUCAUGCACUCAGUUAUCUGACCCUGAGAGGGAAUUAUGAGGCUUUGUCCACAGUCGACAGUGAACAGAAUUAUUUCUCCUCUGCAGGACUGCUGAAAUCUGUGUGGUGCUUUGCAUCUAUGACACUGUGAGUCCUUGUUAAAAGGAAUAGUUCAACAUUUUGGGAUAUACACUUAUUUGUGUUCUUGCCAAAAAGAUUGUUAUCACUUAAUUUCUGUACAGUAAAUAUUAAGCUACAGCCUGUUAGCAUAAAGACUGUAAACAGGAGCCAGAUCUAGACUGAAAUUUUAAAUGUCCAACCAAAAAAAAGAAAAUCCUCUGAAUCCUCUGAAACGCAUAAACGCAAACUGCCUGACCAAAGCAACUGCCCCGUAGCUCUCAGCUGGGAGAUGCAGCGGCUAGCUCGCUACGUUUGACAAUCUCUCUUAGCCUUUUAGACUCAUGAACACAUAAACAGCUGUGUUAAAAGCCAAAAUGCCACAAUCGUGUAAACACAUGAAAAGCAGUUAUCUCGAUCUGAAAAGGUUAUAUAAGCAGACUUACAGUAGGCCUGAAAGACACAAGGCUAGCAUCAGCCACAGCAACAGGUUUGUAUUUAUUUAUUUUUUUUGUUAUUGUGAGCAUUUUAAUUCAUUGCUGCUCAGAUGUUAAGAAAUUCUCUACACAUACAAUAACAAAAAAAAAAAAAACGCUUUUAGAAGAGCUUACCAACCCGAGCUUUAAGCUAACUGUCUGCUUUCUGUUGGACAUGAAAAUGAUAUCGAUCUUCUCCUCAAACUCUCAGCUGGAAAGCACAAAUAAAUGUAUUUCCCCAAAAUAUCAAACUGUUCCUUUUUAGGAUGAUUUGACAACGAGGGUCUCCAGUGGUCGCCGUAGUCUUGUUUUCAUAUUGGAUGACAAUCAUGGAUUCUUUUUUAUGAUAUUACAUAUUUGUUAUUGUGAGAAAAAAGGCACUUUCAAGUCUCCCUCGGUUGUUUUAUCAGAUACAGAUAGACCCAUGUAGGUUAUUUGAAGCUAGACCCAGCCCAGUUUUAUAUCGUAGAUCUGUUAAAUUGCACUGUGCUGCAGGUGAAGUCAAGUUCUCUUCUAUCAACUGAUGAUACUGCCAUUCAUUUUAUUAUUAUUUUUUUAUAUAUAUUUUCAGGUAAUAGCUUUGUGUAGUUACUUAUAAUUUUGUUCAACUGCCAGAAUUUUCUUAAUUAGCACCCGCUUAGUCAGUUGAGUGACCCUGAAACCGUGACUCUCUUAGGGUGAGUGUGGGCCAAAGGACUGCAACUUGAAGACAGCAGAUGGAAUAAAGAGCAUCAGUGUGUAUUCAUUUGGACUCUAUGGGGCUACAGUAAAGAACGCCCUGUGAGCGUUGGCUGGUGUGAAGGUGACGUGCGUUUCAGCUCUUCCAGGCGAAGACCGCGAGCGCACAAGCUACUAAAAACAAAAAAAUUGAGCUAACGGAUGUGGCUAAAAGGGAAAAAAAGGUGAAGACAAUGACUGGAUCACAAUCACAAUUUUACAUUAUGUCUGUAUGUGUGUGUGUGUGUGUGUGUGUGUGUGUGUGUGUGUGUGUGUGUGUGUGUGUGUUGGCUUGUGUGAGCUCUUUUUAUCAGAAAAAGACGAUUUUUAAGUUUAAAAAAAAAUUCCGCUGGACAUGUACCUGCCAGAGAGAUUACUAUUCGGGGGGGGGGGGGGGGCGGGAAAAGACGAAAAGAUUAAAAAAAAUAAAUAAAUAAGCCUUGUUACAAUGUGGGAGAGAACUGCCAACAAGUACUGCUGAUUGGGGCCUAUUUUAUUCAGUGCUGGUGUGUUGUUGUGCUUGUACAUAUAUGUCUUUUCAAUCAUCCCUUUUUUCCUCUUGGGGGUGGGGUAUCAAGGCAGGGGUGGGUCUUAUUCACGAAAGAGAGGAGGUAAAAGAAUAGAGUAUUUUGUUAUUGUCCAAUCAGAGGGUGACAGUAUGUAUAUAUCUAUAUUGUAUAUAUGUGAUGAAAAUGCGUUGGCUUUUUGUGUGACACUACCUUUUACCUGUACUAUGGUUCUACAUUCAGUGUUUCAGUGUUGAUAAUAUAUAUUUGUUUUUGUUUUAUUUCGUUUUUGGUUUUGUUUUGUUUUGUUUUUGAUUUUGUCUUUGUCAUUUCUUGUAUUUUUUUCCUCCUAUUUGUCCUUUUUUUGUUUAUUGCACGGUUUAUUACUUUUGUUGUCCGAUGAGGUGACACAGCUACUCUUUGUAUUCGUUUAGUGCUGUAAAAUAACUCAAGUGUUAUUAGAAUUUGUCGAUACCACCGCCCACCCCACCCCCCUUCCCCCAAUAUGCAUGAAUGGCACUUAAAGAAAUAAAAUAUGGUAACUUCACUGUGGA